UAGGCAAUGCACUUAUCUGAUGUCUAAAGCAAGAAUGAAGCCUCAUGACACAUUUCUGUGCUUUCCAAUUUAUGCAACAGCACUGGUGUUUUUUGGUGUUCAGAAAGCUGCACAGUCAAGUCCUGCUGUUCGUCUGACUGCUAAUCCUCCAUGGCCAGAUGUGUUCCCAGGAGAGACAAUUACUCUCACCUGUCAGGUUAUUGAAUCUGAGGGAUGGAUAUUUCUGUGGACCAGACACAGACAGGGGGAUCUAACAUAUCUUCCAGCCUCCAGUAGUAAUGGCUCUGUGUCUGUGUUGGUCCUGAGUGCUGUGGACGAGAGACAGAGCGGAAUGUAUCAGUGUGAAGCUGUAAAAGGACAUGAGCGAGCUUUCAGUAACCUCCAUCCCAUAACAGUCUCUGCUGAUCGUCCUCAGGCUGUCAUAGUCACAGAUCCCCCAGCCAAAGUGAUGUUCACAGGAGAAGCUGUUAGCUUAGCUUGUGACAUCAGGAAAGGGUCUGGCUGGAGAUAUUCAUGGAGCAGAAACACCCAGGGAAGAUUAGAGAGCCUCUAUGCCCGUGCAACUGAAAGCCAACAAAAGCACAUCCUGCACUCAGUAAGAGAGUCAGACAGUGGAGAGUACCUGUGUCAGGGUGAACGAGGACAAAACCCUGUGAUCCAGUCUUUCCCAGGAACACUUGUGUUAAAUGUGUCUGGUGAAAAGCCUUGGCCUGUUAUUACCCAGAAUCCCCCCAGUGGAGAAAUUUACACAGGAGAGAGAGUCACCCUGAGCUGUGGGUUUGGGGGAGAUCCUGCUGACUGGGAGUAUCUCUGGUACAAAGACAUACUGAGACACACUUUGCCCAACACUGACAGCAGCAGGACUGAUGGGUCCAGUUUCACUAUCAGCUCUGCUGCUCUGGCCCACAGUGGAGACUCUGCUACUUUGAGUGUUCGAGCUCUCCCACAAGCUCAGCUGACCGUGCAGUCUGGAUGGACAGACGUCUUCCCCACUGAAACAGUGACUCUGAGGUGUGUAAUUCAGGGCAGCUCUACAGAGUGGAUGUAUAAAUGGUACAGAGAUGGACGGGAGCUUCCUGCAGACAAAGCUGACUCCAGCAGUGUAAAUGGAGACAUAUACACAAUCCUCUCUGCUGAUCAGUCACAUGCUGGACUGUACACCUGCAGAGGAACACAUACAAGGAGAGCAUCUGUACACUCUCUGGUUAGCAGCUCUGCUACAUUAAGUGUACGAGGUGAAAAGCCAUGGCCUGUCAUUAUCCAGAAUCCCCCCAGUGGAGAAAUUUACACAGGAGAGAGAGUCACCCUGAGCUGUGGGGUUGGGGGAGAUCCUGCUGGCUGGGAGUAUCUCUGGUACAAAGACACACUGAGACACGCUGUGCCCAACACUGACAGCAGCAGGACUGAUGGGUCCAGUUUCACCAUCAGCUCUGCUGCUCUGGCCCACAGUGGAGAGCACCGCUGUAGAGCUGCAAGAGGAGGAAAACCUUUUUACUCAGACUACAGUGAUCCUCUGACUUUAGAAAUAUCUGUAUUACCUCAAACACAUCUGACCGUGCAGUCUGGAUGUACAGAGGUCUUCACCAAAGAAACAGUGACUCUGAGGUGUGUAAUUCAGCGCAGCUCUGCAGAGUGGAAGUAUAAAUGGUACAGAGAUGGACGGGAGCUUCCUGUAGACAAGGCUAACUCGAGCAGUGUAAAUGGAGACACAUACACAAUCCUC